CGGGUACUCAAGAAUUUGAGAGUCCCUGAUGCAGAUCGCUCGGAGUUGGCGUCACAGAUGUUCCGGAAGGGAGCAUAUGAUUGGUGGAAGCGCAUUGACCAGGAUCCACACACGCCCAAGCCUUGGACCUGGGAUCGCUUUGAUCGAGCUUUCACGAAGGAGUACGUCCCCACCCGGUACCGCGAGGAGAGGCGCGAUGAGUUCGUUGCGCUUAAGCAGGAGGGGAUGUCACUGCCUGAACUGAGACAGAAGUUCGACUACCUGUCCCAGUAUGCGACGAGUCUGGUCUCCACUCCGGAGGAUCGUUUGAAUGAGUUCGUCAAGAAGCUACGGCCGGACUUGAGGCCGUACGCCGCGCUGAUCACGACGACAGAUUUUAAUGCGGCGUAUGAUUUGAUUGUGAAGACGGAAAAGAGCUUGGACGAUUUGCAGGCGACCAAGAAGGAGGAUCGAGCGACGAAAGACCCGCGACCCGCGGCCAGCGCCGGGCCGAGCGGGAAGAGUUUUGGAUUCAGGGGAAAGAGGUGUCCGUUGUCCGUGCAAGGGAAGCAAUUCCCUGCAGAUUUGAUAGAGCUACCACACAAGGAGUUUGACAUUAUCCUUGGUAUGGAAUGGCUCACCGAGCAUAGAGCAGUGGUCGACUGCAGUAGUCGGACCGUAUGGCUGAGAGCCGAUGACGGUAGCGACGUGUCACUCUCCGGGGAGGUGUUCCCCAAGGCUCCCGAGUUUAUAUCGUCCAUGAGUGCGAGACGCUUGAUUCGCAAGAAGUGCGAGAUGUUCCUGUGUCACGUUCAGGAUAUGCGAAAAGAAUCACCACGUCAGCAGGACAUCCCUACAGUUUGCGACUUCCCCGACGUCUUCCCCGAAGACCUUCGUGGUUUGCCUCCGCCGAGAGAGGUAGAGUUCUCGAUCAAUCUCAUUCCGGCCAGUCGCUGCUGCCUCUCCUUCGCCAGGAGUCCGCCGCUCACCGCCAGGAUCAGCGCCGCCGACCACGAUUCCCAAUCCUCGUGCUGCCGUUCGUCGCCUCCACUACCGGCGCCUGUCAUCCUCGCCGUCGAGUUGCAGCGCCGCCAAUCGCCUCCAGCCAACCUCGCUCAGUCGCUGCGCAAUCCAACACCACGUCGCCACUCCAGAAUGAUUCAAGAAUCGACCCAUGGCCAGUACGUUCCGGAGACGGAGCACGUGAGCGUGCACACGGUGAACACCGAGGCUUAUGCCNAAGAGUUUCGAGGAGACAAGAUGGGGGAGCCCCAGAGUGCGUUGGAUUGGCUUGAGCAGAUGGACCGGGUACUCAAGAAUUUGAGAGUCCCUGAUGCAGAUCGCUCGAAGUUGGCGUCACAGAUGUUCCGGAAGGGAGCAUAUGAUUGGUGGAAGCACAUUGACCAGGAUCCACACACGCCCAAGCCUUGGACCUGGGAUCGCUUUGAUCGAGCUUUCACGAAGGAGUACGUCCCCACCCGGUACCGCGAGGAGAGGCGCGAUGAGUUCGUUGCGCUUAAGCAGGAGGGGAUGUCACUGCCUGAACUGAGACAGAAGUUCGACUACCUGUCCCAGUAUGCGACGAGUCUGGUCUCCACUCCGGAGGAUCGUUUGAAUGAGUUCGUCAAGAAGCUACGGCCGGACUUGAGGCCGUACGCCGCGCUGAUCACGACGACAGAUUUUAAUGCGGCGUAUGAUUUGAUUGUGAAGACGGAAAAGAGCUUGGACGAUUUGCAGGCGACCAAGAAGGAGGAUCGAGCGACGAAAGACCCGCGACCCGCGGCCAGCGCCGGGCCGAGCGGGAAGAGUUUUCGAUUCGGGGGAAAGAGAAACGCAAACGGAUUUCAAUUCGGACCCGUUUGGGGGAAAAACGCGUACCGUUCAGCAGCAGCACCAAGGGGAAUUCUGGUAGUAGACGCGGAGGAGGGAGAGAGGGAAGUGCACGUGUGAAGCAGGCCGUUCGUUUGUUCGUCC